AUUUAUAUUAUCAAUUUUAUUUUCAAAUAUUUCAAACAUCAAAUUUAUUCAUUUACAAGUUAAUGUAAUUUAAUAUUAAUAUGUAAUUUAUAUUUAUAUUUUUAAUGUUUAGUUAUUUUUUAUUAAACAGUUUUUAUCGACGUGCCAAGUACACAGAAGUCUAUGUUCAACUGGUUCCAUUGUAGCAACCCAAGCAUUGUAAAAUGCAGGAGCAUCAUCUGUCAUAAAAACUUUACAGUCAAUAACUCCUACAUUGAGUUUGAUAUUUUCAAAAAAUAAUUUAAAAAUUAGCUCAUUGGAUCAAUUUGAUAAACAAAAUGCAACUGAGUAACCGGAUCCAAAUUCAUCGAUGCUGACAACACUAUACAACUGAAUAUCAUACGCAUUUGUUCCUAGCAUACUCAACGUUGAAAUCACGUGAAAUAUUGUGGAGAUCUUUCUGUUCCAAAAGAAGAGAUCGUCGAUGUGUGUCAUCAGUUACUUCAGCGUCACGAAACCAAUCUAUAAUGUGUUCAAAUGUAACUCCUUCUUUCAAUUUAGCUAGAAAAAAAGAAUUUUAAUUUUUAAAAUUCCAAGAAAACUGAAAAGAGAUACAAUCGAAGACAUGAUGCUGAGAUACCAAGAUACAAACGUCAAACAAAAAUAAAAUACUAGCUUAAUGAAAAUCACAAUAGGGAGGACCCCGCCCUCUAGACUUAGGACUCUAUGCAGCCACAUCCGGCUUGCAUUCCCGUAUUUACGCCACUGAUAAUGUGCACAGCGCUGACAACGCUUUAGAUAAGAUGAUACAAUUUAAUCAUCAGGUUACAGCCAACUUACCAACAAGUAGAAAUUGUAAUCAGAAGUCAGAACAGAAGUGAACCAGUGAAUAACAAAGACUUGAAAAACUAUAAACGUUUAACUGUACGGGUAAUUAAAAAUUUUAGCAAAUGAGACAUUGACCAAAUCAAACAUAACGCUCCGAAAAUUAACAGUACCAACUACCAAAUCAAUUGUAGAAUACAAACCACCAUAACCUAGAACAAUCACCAAUAAUGGCUUAUUUUAAAUGGUACAGAUAUUGCAGCAACACAUAUCCAGUACGGACCAAUCUCGUUCAAACAGGUCUUUUGUUUGGUUUUGGCGAUUUCAUGGCUCAAAUUGCAGUUGAAAAGCGCAAACCCAAUGAAAUUGAUUGGCUACGUACUGUGCGCUAUGCAUCUAUUGGGUGUGCUGUGGGCCCAACACUUGGCAUGUGGUACAAGACUUUGGAUAAAUUAGGAACUAAAAAUACAAUACCAUUAGUGACUAAAAAGAUAUUGGUCGACCAAUUGAUUGCAUCGCCAAUUAUUAAUGGAGCUGUAAUGGUUAUGAGCAGAGUGUUUAGUGGUGAUGAAUGGCCACAAAUACAAAAUAAACUAGAAGACAAUUAUGUGAAAGUUAUGCUUACUAGUUAUUUGAUUUGGCCAGCUGUACAAGCAUUCAAUUUCACCAUUGUUCCACAACAAUACAGGGUCUUAACGGUACAAAUAGUAUCAUUAGCUUGGAAUACUUACCUUUCAUAUAUGAGUGUUGGUGGUGGAAAAUCAGAACAAACAUAAUAUUUUUUAUAAAAUGUCAAUGCAUUUAGGCAAGUUUAGUUUUGUUUAAAAGUUGAAAACAUUAAUUUAAUCAAAUUUUUUAUACUAUUUAAUAAACAAUAAUAAUAUCA